AUGCCUCAACCAAACGACAAUGCCCGCGUCAUCUUCCUAAUCGUCCUGAUUCUCUGGCUCAACGCCGGCAACGAUGCCUCCCCGGGCCUCAUCACGGCCCCGUCCCUCAUCGCCCAGCGGCUCGCCCGCCAGCGCGCCGCCCACGGCGUCAUGAACAGCACCCGCUGGGGCGACUUUGCGCCGCGGCAGGCCGACGACCCGGACGGCACGGCGGCGCGCCACCUCAACAUGACGGGCUUCCGCGCCGGCGACGGGUACGCCUGGGAGGACCUCGGCCGCUUCCGCGACCGGUGCGUCGAGUGGAGCCGCAACGCAAACCCGGGGCGGCAGCGGCAGCAGCAGCAGCAGCAAGAAGGCGGGGAGGGCCGGGACCUGUGGGACACCGGGGAGGCGGAGCCGACGUGGCAGAACGCGACGGGCGUCGUGAGCGGCGAGUGGGUGCGGCGGCCCGGGUCGGUGGCCAGGCAGGCGGCGUCGUACAACCUGACCGAGAUCACGCCGGAUGUGAGCUGGAUGGGCAUGCACGCCGAGUUCGGGAGGAACAUCACGGGCAGCGAGGGCAGGGUGCUGCUGCGCAUCGACGACAAGGAGAACACUGUGGAGUACGAGCAGGUGCUGAUGGAAGGGUACCCGAGGGGAGGGGGGCUGGUCCGGGAGAUUGCGGCGUCGGUCACGAUGGAGGACGUCGUGGGCACGGGGACGACGCAUGAGAUGCGUCUUCACGGCGUGCACUGGCCGAAGCAGGGCGUCAUGCUUUUGACGACGACGAGCGAGAAGUUUGCGGGCAUAUUUGGGCUGCCCCAUCUCACACCCGGGCCGGACUUCUUCCAGUCGAGCCAGAAGGUGCUGAAUCAGACGCUGGACGAGGUCCUCCGGAAGAAGGAGAGGCUGAGAUUCAUCGACCCGUCUAACCCGUGGAGCACGAACCCGGACGGGCCCCAAGAUAACUGGAACCCUUCGCCUCACUGCGAGUACCUUAUAUACUUGCAGGUCCACCCCCUGAACCCGACCAAGAUGUACAGACCUCCGCCCGGACUCGGAUCCAAUGAUAGGCUGGCACAGAUCGUGAAGGGGAUGGAGGACGAACUUCGGUUUCCGACGGGAGCCCCCAUUGGCAACGUACCGGAGCUGCAGAUGUCGGCGGUCAUAUGGUCGCCCGACUGCUCCUACUUUAUGGAGUCGAAGGGUCCUCCUCACUACGCGCCCGCAGAUGGCCAGCAUCUGGUCGGCAAGAAGGAAGAAGUGUUUCUUCACUCUGUCAAGACCUGGCUCUUGGGCUUUGCCGCCAUCAUCUUCGGCCAGGUCCAGCUCAUGAAGAACCAGAUGCGGGAGACUUGCACGCCGUCAACGCUAGGUCGUGCCAGCUUCAUCACUAUCAGCAUGAUGGUUCUAGCUGAUGGCAUUACCUUUGCCGCAUCUUCAUUCUGGACGCUUUCAGCUUCGACGACGUUUUUGCCGUCCCUUGUGGUUACGUUCGCUGCAUUCCUUGCCAUGACGAUCGGCGGAAGCUUCCUUGGCGAGAUUUACAGGACGCACGCGCCGGAGCGGAGGAACCGUGAGAAUCGGGAGAGGCAACAGCAAGCUGCGACCGCAGCUGCAUCCGCUCAGCCAACACCGCCGCCUAACCCACCUGUGACCAGCGAUUCUCUUCCACGGCCCGUCACAGCUCCGCCAGUCCGGGAUGUGUCUGCCACGCCCAUCAUUGUCCCGUCGGACCAGGACAUUGACGCGGAGAUAGCGGAAAACACGGCUGCAGGUGCCGCCGCCGUCCCUACGCCUGCAGCCACUGCUACAAUCACAGCCGCAGCGACGGCCACCACUGCCAGAACCGAUCCCAUAACGCCCUUCUCUACGAUAGCGGGCCGCUUCGUGCUUCUAGGGAUCUUCUUGUUCUUCCUCUCCCUCGCCGCUACGACCUGGUGGGCUUCUGUGCGUUCCGCCUAUUCCAACACCAUCGCCUUCAUCUAUUUCUCCCUCUGGGUUCCGCAGAUCAUCCGCAACGUCCAGCGGAACAGCCGCCGCGCUUUCUCCUGGCGCUUCAUGAUCGGCCAGAGCAUCCUCAGAGCCUUGCCCUUUGCGUACUUUUACCUGCGAAGGGACAACAUCAUAUUCGCCUUGCCCGACUGGCGCUCUUUCGCGGUACUGGCGGGCUGGCUGUGGAUCCAGCUCUGGGUCCUUGCUUUCCAAGACGCCCUUGGCCCGAGAUAUGGUCUGCCCAAGGGCUGGCUGCCCGAGGCUUGGGAUUACCAUCCUGUUCUCAGGGAAGAUAAUGUCGAGGCUGGUGGCCUGCCCAUCGGCCUCGUGUCUACGUCGUUGCCCGGCUCUCCGGUGCUGGAGCGGGUCCGUUCCAAGAGCGAGGGCGAAGGAUCAGGAAAGGACAAGAGACGCCCGCAUACCAGAACCAUUGACUGCGCCAUCUGUUGCGAGAUCCUCGAAGUGCCUGUCGUCCGUGCAGGCGAAGAGGACCCCGCCGGUGGGGGCGUGGCUGGCGUGCUUGCUAGGAGGCAGUACAUGGUCACUCCGUGCCGGCACAUCUUCCACAGCGCUUGCCUGGAGGGGUGGUUGCGGUUCAGGCUGCAGUGCCCGAUAUGUAGAGAGGGCUUGCCGCCUCUGUAA